AUGCCACACGCGCCGAGCACAGAAGCCGUCGCCGUCAACGGGACGAGCUCAAACCCACUAAAACUGCAAAUACCGGAUCAAUACAAAAAUGCAACAAACGGCAAUGGUGUGUGUUCUCCGCCUGUCAAUGGAAAUGGGUCUCUUCCACCAAACUUCAACGGACCUCUGUCACCACCCAUACUGGAUACAACGCCUAAGAAACCGCCUAAAGCUCCUCCAAGUAGACCCAUUUUACCAGUGAAGAAAUCCAAGACACUGCCAAUCGACUUCGAUGAAAAAGUUCCACCAAAGCCAUCGUCUUCUAUUCUAAAUGGCAAGAAACUUUUUGUAACGAAACCUCUGAAGGAGGUCCAUACAAUUACACAACCUAACGGUGAUAAUGGACGAUGUCUAGUAAGUAGAUCUCCCAGCCCCUACAGAAGAAGUAAUUCCACUGCUUCAGUAGAGACGGGCUCUAUAGCAGAACUUGCUAAAAGACAUGUUCCUGUUAAUUUAUUGACGUCGAGGUCUCCUAGUCCACUAUCGUACAGCAGCGUCCGUAGUUCAGCAAGUCAAUACUCGACAUGUAGCAGCAACGGGACCUUUGUGCCAUUAUCACGUUCUUCUAGUAUGAACUCAACGAUGUAUAACAGAACUCCUACUCCAAGACGAAUGUAUCCUCAAACCUGUGAUAGUUCCGAACGCGUAGAUUUAAAAGAACUGAGAUCUCGAGAACAGGCUCCUGUAGUGUUUGAUGCUAAUAUGUCAUUUGUGCUCGGUUGUAAUAAACAGCCCAUCCGGCAAAAAUUCAAGCCAAUAGCAGCUCAUAUGGAAGAAGGAACGUCUUCCAAUUAUUUGAGCCACAAAAUCGACAGUUUCCUACAGAGAACUGAUCAUGUUAUGGAUGAAUGGCGAAGAUUAGGACACAAAGAUGACUCUGACAUGAUGUUCGAUGGAAGAAAGAGGAGAGUUGGAAGGUCGAAGUCUGCGACGAACAUCAUGAUCAAGGGUUUUACGUUGUUCAGCCGGAGUGGCAGCCGAGCCAGCAGUGUUUGCCGAUCCAGCCGUGGGAUUUCAGAAGACAGAACAACUGUCUCUGAAAUGGACGAGCUAUCAGAAGUUGGUGGCGAGCUCGCAGAAGAACGGGCGGCAGCUGGACUGGCGACAGAACGCGCUGAUGCUGAAGCAGCCGAGAGGCUGCGCGUCGAACGCGACAACAGAGACCUGCUGGCUAACAACCAACGAUUGCAGCAGGCCUCCGAGCGACUGGAGCUUGAGCUCCUACACUGGCGUUCCGCUGACAGCGGUGGCGCUGAACCAUCAGACUCUGAAGGUUCAGAAGCUGAUGUUGCAGCCUCUGGAGACAAAUACAAACGAAGAUUCGAGAGGGCACACAGGGAACUGCAACUCCUCCGCGCUCAGCUGCGCAGGCAGCAUGAAGAUGACCUUGAACAGCUCGUCACAGUCAAGAAACAGCUGGAGAAGAAGGUACAGGAUGCGUAUGAAGAAGUGGAAGAGCAGAGGGCGGUGGCUGCACAAUGGAAGCGCAAGCUGCAGAAGCUGACCAACGAUAUGGCCGACCUUCGAUCAUUGCUGGAUGAACAGACAUGUCGCAACAAUCUGUUAGAGAAACGGCAGCGUAAGUUUGACGGCGAGCUUCAAGCGGCGCAAGAGGAGUUGAAGCGCGAGCGCGGCGCCAAGGAACGACUGUCGAGGGAACGAGACCAGGCACACGCCGAGAAAUACGCGCUGGAACAGAGCCUCUCUGAAGCUCGUCUAGAACUGGAGCUGAAAGAAGAACGGCUGGCUGCAGCAACACGUGAGUUGGAAGAACGUGGCGGCGGCGGAGAUGAACUGUCCGCUCUACGCAGGACCAAGACCGACCUCGAGCGACGCGUCAGGGACCAGGAGGAGGAGCUCGAUGAACUGGCCGGACAGAUACAGCUACUGGAGAGCUCCAAGCUCCGGCUAGAAAUGUUACUGGAGCAGCAACGCAAGGAGGCCAGACUCGAGGCCGCCGCCAGGGAUGACGAGAUGGAGGAGACUAGAGCCAACGCUGCUAAGAAACUUAAGAUGCUAGAGUCCCAACUAGAGAGCGAGCACUCAGAGCGUAGCCUACUACUGCGCGAGCGACAUGAACUGGAGCGACGCCUGGCGGCCUUGGAGGAAACUGCCCGGGCAGAGACACAUGACCAACAACAACUUGUGCAAAGGCUUAAGAGGGAUUUGAAGAGAUACCGCGCUCUACUCCGCGACGCUCAAACGAUGCUCGAACAAAAAGAAAAGGAGGGCGGCGCUAAGGCACAGAUCAGACAACUGAAGAACCAGGUGGAAGACCUAGAGCUGGCAGUGCGAGCAGCCACCAAAGCUCGUCAGGCUGCCGAGGCUGAGGCUGCGGAAGCUAACGCAGCGCUAGAAGAAGCCAGCCGAGCCCGGGCUGAUGCAGCCGAGCGGGCCAUGACUGCGGCCAGGGACGCCGCCGCCGCCAGGGCGCAGCUUGAUGAUGCAGAGGAGGAGGCGGCUGAGCUAUUAAAGAAGUACCGAUCGAGUACGAGUGCACUAGUGGGCGCGCAGAGCGAGGCGCGCGAGGCGUGCGCGCGCGCCGACGCGGCGGCCGACGAGGCGCGCGCCGCGCGGGACAAGCUCGCUGACCUCACGGCGCGACUCGCCAGCGCGGAGGCAGGACACUCGCACGGACACGCAGAGGCCGAGCGCAGGCUGGAGCUUAGGAAUAAGGAGUUAGAGUCGAGCCUGGAGCUGGAGGCGACGGCCCGCGGGCGCCUGGAGGGCCAGCUGUCGCGGCUGCGGGAGGCGCACGAGGCGCUCGCCGCCGAGCUGGGCCAGGCGCGCGCCAGGGAACUACUCGCGGCUGACGAGCUGCGGAAGGUUACUAGGCAACUCAGAGAACUCAAAGAAGAAAACAGCGCUCUGAACGCUAAGCUAAGCGAGGCCAACCGUGCUAAGUCCGCGGCCGAGUCUGCGGCCGCCGCUGCCUCAGCCGAGGCCCAGGCCGCGCGGGACGAGGCCAGGCUCGCUGCACGCAGGGCCACUGCACUACAGGAGGCCAUCGCUGGAGACCUGUCCAGCCCUGGAGAUUCUAGAGACACUGAUAGUGACAACGACAGCUACAGCUCAGACGAGUCUAUCGGCACGUUCCUGGCGAACCACAAGCUCAGCCCCUCCGCGCCCUCUAGGAACAGCGUGCAACUAGACACACAGAAAUCCCAAUCAUCCGGAGGCCGCGAGAGUCGGUCCAGCAUGGGCUCCAGCAAGCAGAUGAGUCCCACUAAGGAAUCGUUCGCAUAA